UCGGGUUGGGGGGCCAUACGGCUCGAGGCGGUAGGAGGUGGACUGGGAGCCGAACCCAGCAUCUCACUCAGUUCUUUCGUUGUAUCGAGGUUGAGCCAUUUCAUUACUGGACAUGGUUAUAAUGCAACUUUAAAUGACUUCGGACAAGUGGCACAUAUGAGAAAACAGACUAGGCUGUGAAUCAGGCAGCACGGAUGAUCUUUUCCCUGCUUGUGGAAUAAAUCAUGCUGCGCUACAGGCAGAUAUUGCCUAGCCGUAGUGCGUGCGUACUGUCCCCGUCCGAUCGCCGCUGAAGUCGUUAUGGAUAAAAAUACGCUACUUAUUACACAUCUUUUCGUUUGCUGGCUUUUCGUGAUUGCCAUGACGACCAGGGGAUGGUCAGCAGCAGAAAACAUCAACAAACAGAAAGAGCUGCUGUCCUCUCUGGAUGCGAGAAGCCAACCAGUGCUGUGCAAUGAGACGGCUCUCCUUCUGGAGAUGGAGAGGUGUGGAGACUGGUUCAAGCGGGAGAUGGAGCUCAUACCUCAGAGGAACUGGUGCAACCUGUCGUAUUUCAUCUGGAAGUACAACCACUUUUCCAACUGCAGUGAGGACAAGGCUGUCAGCACAGGCUGCUACUGGCCCAACCCCCUGGUGGAGAGCUACAUCAUCCGCGUCCACAGGCUCUUCUUCUCCAACUGCACGCUGAGCCACAUGGUCCUCAUGGACCCGUCGGACAACAUGCUUGCCAUGCUCAUCUUUGUGCCAGUCUUCCUCACGCUGGCCAUGGUUGCGCUGGUGGUGUGGUGCAGCAAGCGUGGCGACUUCGCCGCCUAGUGCUCUUUCUGCUAUCACUAUAGUUAACGCUAAUGUCCCUCCGCUAGCACUAUUGGUAAUGCUAAUAUCCCUCCGCUAGCAUUAUCGCUAAUGCUAAUAUCCCUCCGUUAGCACUAUCGCUAAUGCUAAUAUCCCUCCGUUAGCACUAUCGCUAAUGCUAAUAUCCCUCCGUUAGCACUAUCGCUAAUGCUAAUAUCCCUCCGUUAGCACUAUCGCUAAUGCUAAUAUCCCUCCGUUAGCACUAUCGCUAAUGCUAAUAUCCCUCCGCUAGCAUUAUCGCUAAUGCUAAUAUCCCUCCGUUAGCACUAUCGCUAAUGCUAAUAUCCCUCCGUUAGCACUAUCGCUAAUGCUAAUAUCCCUCCGUUAGCACUAUCGCUAAUGCUAAUAUCCCUCCGUUAGCACUAUCGCUAAUGCUAAUAUCCCUCCGUUAGCACUAUCGCUAAUGCUAAUAUCCCUCCGUUAGCACUAUCGCUAAUGCUAAUAUCCCUCCGUUAGCACUAUCGCUAAUGCUAAUAUCCCUCCGCUAGCAUUAUCGCUAAUGCUAAUAUCCCUCCGUUAGCACUAUCGCUAAUGCUAAUAUCCCUCCGUUAGCACUAUCGCUAAUGCUAAUAUCCCUCCGUUAGCACUAUCGCUAAUGCUAAUAUCCCUCCACUAGCAUUAUCGCUAUUGCUAAUAUCCCUCCACUAGCAUUAUCGCUAAUGCUAAUAUCCCUCCACUAGCAUUAUCGCUAAUGCUAAUAUCCCUCCGUUAGCACUAUCGCUAAUGCUAAUAUCCCUCCGUUAGCACUAUCGCUAAUGCUAAUAUCCCUCCACUAGCAUUAUCGCUAUUGCUAAUAUCCCUCCACUAGCAUUAUCGCUAUUGCUAAUAUCCCUCCACUAGCAUUAUCGCUAUUGCUAAUAUCCCUCCACUAGCAUUAUCGCUAAUGCUAACCUCCCCUACUGUCACUAUUGCUGAGCCACAGACUGGCCAGAAGGAAACCAGAACUCUUACCCAAGGUAUCAUAGACCUUUUGCUGUAUCCCAUCACCCGCAGAGAAGAGGAACGAAAUACAAAAACUGAUGCAUUAUAAACCAGGUGAUACGUGAUUGCUUGCUUCAAAGUCAUGCUAAUCGCUAAACAGUUGCAUUUUUUUCAAUGCUUCAAGCUGGUGUUUCUUUAAGUGUACAAUGCUGUCUCCUGUUUCUGAGAAACCAGUCCGUCCUUUGUGUCACACCCUAAAACCUGUGUGGAUGGUCCUUCCCAGUUGACCGCUCACAUGAUUCGGAUCACAUGCUCUGAAUUCGCUUACGUAACUAAUCAAGUAGAUGACGUUUGGGAAGGUUUGGUGCCUCCUUUCUGUAUGUACUGUAAGAUCUACACUGAUCUGUAAUGUCAUUUAAUUACAUGUUUGAUCACUAUAGAAGGAGGAGCUAACAUGAAUGGAAACUGACCUCUGUCAAGCAGAGCAAACACUGAACUAGCGUAGUGUCAUGCUGAAGUCCAAUUCUCAUAUUUGGUAUUAAG